AUGGAGGAGUGCAGGCCGAGUUUUCGAAGCUCAGCGGGAGAGAGGAGGCUCGAGAUUGUGAGCGGAAAGGUGCUCACGGGGAACCAGAUGUAUUCGGGGCCUGAUAUGAGUGCGAUUUCCACCAGAGUGAACAGGCUGAGCCAGGUGGCUUCUUCGUCGCCUGCUAAGUCAAGCUGGGGGUUUAAUGAUCCUGAGAUGAAGAGGAAAAAGAGGAUUGCUAAGUAUAAAGUUUACACUAUUGAAGGCAGGUUCAAAGCUUCUGUGCGGAAUGGGUUUCGUUGGAUCAAGAACAAGUGCUCGGAGUUCAUCCAUGGCUAUUGA